AAAUCCAAGGGAAAAAAAGGGGAAAGAGUGCGUGUAUCGGGGUUUGGGAUCGAUCGCGAGGCAACGACAAUGGAGGUUCCAGGUUCAUCGAAGAAGAUGAUCGCCACGCAGGCGGAGAUGGUGGAAGCGAAGGUCCCGCUCUCUUACAGAGACCAGUGCGCUCAUCUCCUGAUCCCUCUCAACAAGUGUCGUCAGGCCGAGUUCUACCUUCCCUGGAAGUGCGAGGACGAGCGGCAUGUCUAUGAGAAGUGCGAGUACGAGCUCGUCAUGGAGAGGAUGCUUGCGAUGCAGAAGAUCCGUGAGGAACAGGCCAAGCAGAAGAAGCACCAAGCGAGUGGCGUUCCUCUCGGCGCAAGAACCGCUAAUGCUUAGAAUCAGUCUCCGAUCAACCGUUUCUGGUUUACCGGGGAAGGGGACACUGAGCUCUGGAGAAGUGGGGUUGCUUUUGCUUCUUUCUUGCUGCUAGUGAUUAAAAAUUGUUGGUACACUGCCAUCAGGUGUAUGUAUGUUCAAGAAGAUUCUCCAUCUCUUAUCUUUUGAACUGGUGAUGUUAUUUUCGAAAAUAAAUCGUAACCCAUCAACGAUUCACAUGCCUUGGUAUCGGUUUCGAUGAUGUAAAACCUGGAAUUUGUUGAAUCUCCAGCCAAGCCCGGGAAUUUGUUUGCCA